AUGGGCAGUGCUCAGCCCAUCGACAAGGAUGUCCUCUACCAUGUUUUUGCCGGUCUUGCCUACACAAACUACUUGCGUAUUGAUUAUGGGUUUAAGAUGCCCACCCGAAGACAGUGGGUAUGCACUGGAGGCACCGAACACCUGGUCAGCCAGCCUCUUCGUCUCUUCAGCUUGCGCCAGUAUUUGCUUUUGCUCGACAGUACCAAGUCUCAAAAGUUCCAGUGGUGGAACAGAAGGGACGUGUUCUCUAGGCUGCCUUAUGAUGUCCUUGACCGGAUCUUGCGAUAUCUUCCCGGAGACUCAAUAAUCGCCCUCCUCCAUGUCUCGAGCUCAUUCAAUACUGCUACGAGGCACAAUUCUUUCUGGAAGAAACUAAUCCUUCGAAGCAUGCCCUGGUUCUGGGAGCUGAACCAUCAACCAUUGUCUUCAAGUCCGGGCAGAUCGAAAAUUGACUUCAAGCGCCUUUACCUCUGGCUAAACAGAGAGUUGUCGGUGUCGUAUGGCUUGCACAGCGCGAUGAGAUGCCUUGCCAACCGAAUGCGCAUAUGGAAUACGUGCGACCGGAUCUGCGAAUAUUAUCUUAAAUUUGCUAGUCCAGAGGUACCUGUAUGUGCCACCGACGAGCAGGCAGACACCAUCAAGAAACAUAGCAAAGCGUCGCACGUAUCGCUUGUUCUGUACCCAUCUCCCCAAGACGACAUUGCGGACUCGGUCCAGUGGAUCCGUUGCUGGGAUGAAAUAGAUCGGCUUCCCUCUCUAUGUGAGGUAUUCUUCACGAAGCGCCCUAGCAGGUGUCUUGCUGGACUUAGCAUCACAUUUAACGGAGUAAGGCGAACCUUUGGAAGUGUGAAUCCUGCCUUACACGACUGCGAACCAUUUUACAUUAGUUGUGGGGAUUGGAUCACUGGAUUUGUGGCGUAUAUGCCAGAUCUUAAGAUCCUGGACCAACAGGCAAAGACAUGCAUCAUAGGGCUUAGAGUAUGCCUCAAGUCUGGGCUUGAGUACGGUGGAAAUCAAACCGAGGCCCAACAGAGACCGUUUCUGGUUUCCGAGGGCCAUGAAUUGGUUGGCCUUGUUGGGCAGCUCAAGGAUGGCGUUAUUGCACGAUUCGGCAUUCUCGAGUGCCAACGUCCAAACCAAUAUUCCAUUGCCCAGAGCAAAAGGUCUCAGGGUUACCCGCCAAGUCAUCUUCUCUGGUUUGCAUACGAGGCCAGCCCUAUUCGCGGCGCUCGAAGUCCAUAUACAGGCCAUCGGGCGUCUUACUGGUUUCAACCUUCUAUUCGCGUCCUCCCUCUUCCCCGUACCCAAACCGACGGCCAUGAACAAUUCGACAGUGAUCUGAUACCGUAUACACCGGUCUUCUUGUUGGGAAAUAAAAAGUUGCGAGAAGUACUGGGAUGUAUAUGGGCAAACAUAGCCCCUUCAGGCAAUAUAACAGGCAUUGGAGCCUACUUUGCUGGCAUUAACAAUUCGACAGGAGUAGCUAAGUUCCGCGCGAGACUUGGUCCUAAGGAUCAGGUUUUUGAGAUUGAUGGCGUUGCAGGGGAGCAUAUCAGUGAAGUACGCAUUUCCAGCGCGUAUUCACAGCGGGCAGUACAGCUUAAGACGAAUUUCGACAGGGAGGUCUGUUUUGGAGAGGGAAGAGGCCAGGAAUGGACAAUUCAGCGUGCACCUGAAGGCGAGGUUAUAGCGGGACUGGCAGUGGCUUUUGGAAUACCACUCUGGGAUGAAACCAAGCAAAGAUACGCCGACGGCAAGUUGACUUCGGUGACAGCCCUAACUGUGCAGGCUAAGAAAUGGGAGCGCAUCAUCAACAGGGUAUAUUGA